CCGGGGCCGGGGCGGGGACCCAGGCAGCGACCGAGGCAGCGGCAGCGCCCCGGGCCCGCCGCCCCCUCCCCUCCAGCGGGGGGAGCCGCUGCAUGGGGCCGGGGAGGUGGCCCUGCUGCGCGGAGCGGCGGCGGCGGCGGACCCCCCAAGCGGGCUGGGGCUGAGCCCGGGGCCGGGGCGGGUGCUCCGGGAGGACCAUGCCCGGAGGCCGGCCGGCCUCAGCAUGGCUCACGGGCCCGGCGCGCUGAUGCUCAAGUGCGUGGUGGUCGGCGACGGGGCGGUGGGCAAGACGUGCCUACUCAUGAGCUAUGCCAACGACGCCUUCCCGGAGGAGUACGUGCCCACCGUCUUCGACCACUACGCAGUUAGCGUCACCGUGGGGGGCAAGCAGUACCUCCUGGGACUUUAUGACACGGCCGGACAGGAAGACUAUGACCGCCUGAGGCCUUUAUCCUAUCCCAUGACUGAUGUCUUCCUUAUAUGCUUCUCUGUGGUAAAUCCAGCCUCAUUUCAAAAUGUGAAAGAGGAGUGGGUACCAGAACUUAAGGAAUAUGCACCAAAUGUACCCUUUUUAUUAAUAGGAACUCAGAUUGAUCUCCGAGAUGACCCCAAAACUUUAGCAAGACUGAAUGACAUGAAAGAAAAACCUGUAUGUGUGGAACAAGGACAGAAACUAGCAAAAGAGAUAGGAGCAUGCUGCUAUGUGGAAUGUUCAGCUUUAACCCAGAAGGGAUUGAAGACUGUUUUUGAUGAGGCUAUCAUAGCCAUUUUAACUCCAAAGAAACACACAGUAAAAAAAAGAAUAGGAUCAAGAUGUAUAAAUUGUUGUUUGAUUACGUGAGAAACAUCUUUAGUGGCCAAGGGAACUGUCUUAUUUCUCUCAGAAAGCAUACGAAUGCUACAAUUAUUCUCAGACCUCUUCUAGAUACUGAAGCAGUUUAAAACUUCGGGGGAAGAAACUCAAAAAACUGCCCUCAGAAUUCUAUACAGUUAAGAAUGUUUCUUAAAGGUCUAAGAAGCAGCAAACAGCAUCUGAAGCCACAAUCUAUUAUAAAUACUUUAUUUCAACUAGAAGGUACAAUCUCUCAGGGGUUUCAUAGUUUAAAAAGCUACAAUCACAUCAUGUAACUCAUUUAAAAAAAAACAGUGCUGUAAAUGGAACUGCUUGGCUUUGACCAUAAAUAUUUCUGCACAGUCUUUAUGGAAUCUGCACAAAGAAGUAUCUUCUCCCUUUGCUCCAACUAAUUGUUCUUAUAUGUAAGUCGCUUUCUAUUCCAGUAUAUCCAGAGUGGUGAAGUAACAAGGCCAGCCACAUAGCCAAAGGUUGCUCCAAGCGUACAGGAGAUGGGCCAUACCUGAGGACAGAAUGUAUGAGAUCAAAAAAGAGUAAAUGUUUUAUUACUUGAGCACAAGUUAAGUGUAACCUAAAUAUUUCUAUAUUAAAGCUUAAUGUGCUUUCUUAAAGAAU